AUGGACCACCCGGAAUCCGCCCUCGGUAAGCGUCGAAACCGUGCUUGUGACGAGUGCGCCCGGCGAAAGAUUCGCUGGACUACCGUUCGUGAGCCACUGCGUGUGUUUCGAGGUGAUAGCGAGCCUCCUGCGGACGCGAAUGUGGCACUUCUUCAUGAGCAUAUUGCGCAUUUGGAGGAGCAGCUGGCCAGGCUGACCAAGGACUCCUCAGCGCUCCCGAUCGAACCGCCGGUUGCUCCGACCGCCGGUGUCACUUUUGACAUCGAGGAGCUUGAUUACUCCAUGGAACACCUAAAUAUUGGCCUGACCAAAGAUAACCUGGACGAAUACCAUAAUGAGGCCGCAUCUACGCUGACACACGCUUGCAGUUUGAGUCGGUUCAUCUUGCCGUCACGACAUACAAGUACGGGGAUUGUUCGUUUUGUUCUCGACCACCUUGGAUGGCUUCACUGCGCUCUCCUGGCCUCAGACUUUGAGGCGGCACAUGAACGAUUCUGGGACUCUCUUGAUGAUCCGUCAACGUAUCAACAGCCCGACCUUGCGUUCAACUCCGUGUACCUCGCCAUCCUUUCCGUUGGCUGCUUUUACAUGGACACAUCUCACGAAGCUGUCCAAGGCUUCACAUUCUACAGCCAACGGCCGCCGCCCCCCGGCAUUCCCAAGACCGAUGAAGAGCUCUCUGCACUCUCUUGCUGUUGGUAUUGGGCCGCUCUGCAGGAGCUCGAAGACAGCGACUUUAUCGGCAAGCCGAGACUUUCAACAGUGCAGACGAUAGCCAUCCUAACUCUAGUAAAUUCGAGUUUUGGUCAGAAUGAUCGGGAAUGGAUGCUAAUUGGCAUCGCCGUAAACAUCGGCCGAAUCUUGAAUAUGCAUCGAUUAGCAAGCGAAUCGACAUUGUCGCCUCGAAUAGCGGCACUCACGCAGUGGCGCAGUCUGGAGCAACGCAAUCUUGGGCGCCGGUUGUGGUGGACUUUGGUCAUAUGUGACUGCUUUGAUACAAUCCUCGAUGUCGAGCAAGGCGGCCAUGAUGUUGUCACUACCCCAACAGCUAGUCCGUGGCCGACCAAUGGCACUGCCGUUUCAACCCUUCACUACCACCGAUUAAUGGCAGACCUAUCAGGGGUCAUUCGUACCUACGUCAAGUUCGGUCGCAGCUACGCUCCCCAAAAUCUCAUCGCAGCAAUGCACGAGAUCGAAAAGCUAGAAAGAGAAGCACCCAGCCACCUCAGACGUAGUUCGACGACACCAGACUCCAACCUCGAUCAAGAGCUCCGUCCUUGGAUACCGCUUCAGCGAUACUUUGCUCAGCAUGCAAUCCAUUUCAUGCGACUGACCGUAGCUCGUUUUUUCUUCACGAGGCUUAUUUGUGCGGCGACUGUGGCCGCUGGUGUCUUUCUUUGUUUGGAUCUCCUCUUCUUUAGCACUGGCGAGGACAUCAACAAGACACGAUAUCGAAGGAGUUCGGUGCGAGCCUGCAUACAAUCUCUGCAGGAGAUGGGGUCCACUAACGCUGUAUCGUCCCGAGGUUCUGUUGUUCUUGAAACCUUGAUGAGUAUUCAUUCGACUUGGCCUCACGCGGCAGUUCCAGACCACGACGCCCUCAGGAGCGUCAUUGAACAAGUGCGCCGGGCACAAUCAUCCAUAAAGGAAGCCAGGCACAAGUGGGAUCGCCCCGCCAAGUCAUUCGGCUUCCAGGCGCCAUUGAAUGAUAUUCCCGGCUUCCCGGCAGUUGAUGUGGACCAGACUUUCUUUGAACAGGCCGCGUCAACGGCUGAUGCCUUGCAAAGUGACAGACCAGCAGAUAUGCAAAGCUCGGACUCUGAAAUUCAGCACAACUGGGAAUACUUGAUGAGCAUAACAAGCCCGCAGGCUAACGUACAUCAAAGUGAAGAUGAAAUGGAGGAUUUCGAAAAUCCGUUUCAGUUCAACGAUGUUGCGCAUAACAUGAGAUACUAG